CAGAGAUGCUUUUAAAUUUAAUAAAUGACAAAAUAAAAUUAGGAUCUGCUAUUGAAUUACUAAAGCAAUUUUCAAUGGUUAAUUUAGAACACACAAUGCUUAAUUUGCAUAGACUAGUGCAGCAAGUAACAAGAAUACAAUUAGAAGAGCAAAAAAGAGAGGAAGAGGUUUUAACAAAAAUUUUAAAAUUAUUUAAUAAAAAUAAUGUGAAUUCAGAAAAUUUAAAUCACGCAAUAUCUGUUUGGAAUUAUUCAAGCAAAUAUAAUAAAUUAGUGGAAGAAUUUUCUCAUCUUUCAACUCAUAUUAGCGUUGAGCUCAUUAACAGCGCUAGGUAUGAGGAAGCAUAUUCAUUUUCGUUAAAAAUAUUAGAGCUAUUAAGUGCAUUACCAUUAGAUAAUCCUGGCAUUCUGGGUAGUCUUUUUGCAACUAAUAACAAUAUAGCUGGAGUACUUCUAAAACUAGGUAAAUAUGAUAUAGCUCUGAAAACUUUUCAAGAGAGUUAUAACAUCCACAAAUUGAAUUUCGGACCAGAUCACCCUCAAACUUUAAAAAUAAAAGGUAAUAUGGCUUUAGUGCUCUUUGAACAAGGUAAAUAUAAUGAAGCCUUACAAUAUUAUCAAGAAAUACUCGAAAUCAUGGGGGAGAAUGAUCCUAAUACUUUAUCGACUAAACAUAGCAUAGCAUCAAUAUUUCUCAGUCAAGGUAAGUAUAAUGAAGCUUUGAGGAUAUUUCGAGAGAUAUAUAAUAUUGAAGAAGCUACUUUAGAAAAAAAUCAUCCUCAAAUAUUGAAUACAAAAAAUAGUAUUGCAGGUGUGCUUAUCAAUCAAUGUAAGUACGAUGAAGCUUUACAGAUGUUUCAAGAAAUAUGCAAUAUUCAAGAAGUUAAUUUGAAAAAAAGUCAUCCUGAUAUUCUAUGCACAAAGAAAAAUAUAGCAGGAGUAUUUUUUAUGCAAGAUAAGUAUAGUGAUGCUUUGAAAAUUUAUCAAGAAGUACUAAAUACUGAAAAAAUGAUUCUUGNUGGAGAAGAUCAUCCUGAUGUUUUAUAUACUUAUCGCCUUAUAGCAGAUGCACUGCGAGGGCAAGAUAAAUACGGUGAUGCAUUAGAAAUUUACCAGGAGGUCUUAAAUAAACAAAAAGAUAUUUUACGUUCUGAUCAUCCGGAAGUCUUAUAUACACAAUAUAAUAAAGCACUUACACUUGAUAAUCAAGGCAAAUAUAGUGAUGCUUUACAAAUUUAUCAAGAAGUAUUAAAUAAGGCAAAAGUUGUUUUAGGAAAUGAUCAUCCUAAUACUUUAAAAGUAAGUAAUAGUAUUGCCAUAAUAUUUUCACGGCAAGGGGAACAUAAUAAAGCACUUCAACACUAUCAGGAAAUACUUAAAAUUCAAGAAAAUAGUUUAGAAGAAAACCACCUUGAUACUUUAGCAACAAAAAGUAACAAGGGUAUGGCACUUUACAAUAAAAAGGAAUACGAUCAAGCUUUAUCAAUUUUCCAAGAAGUUUUUAAUGAGUUACAAAAAUUACGUCCUAAUAAUCCUGAUACUUUGUCUGCAAAGAGUAAUAUAGCGCUAGUACUGUUAAAACAAAAGAAGCAUGAUGAAGCUUUGAACAUUUUUAGGGAGGUACUUGAUUCUCAAAAAGUUAUCUUAGGAGAGAAGCGCUAUAGUACUAUAAUAACAAAGAAUAACAUAGCAUCAAUACUUCUUACACAAAAAAAGCCCGAGGCCCUAAAAAUUUUGCAAGAAGUUUUUGAAGGGUUUAAUAAAGUUUUAGGGCCAGAACAUCCAGAGACUUUGGAGAUUAGUAAUAUCAUAAAAUCAAUGUUAACUAAUGAUCUACUGAUUGCUGUAAAAAAUAAUAACUUCGAAAUAGUAAAAAGUUUAGUUGAAAGAGAUGGCAAUGUUAAUACUAAAGAUAAUAAUGAUAAAACAUUAUUACAUUACGCUGUUGACAAUGGCAAUAUGGAUAUUGUAAAUAUCUUACUUAAAAACGGAGCUGACAUUACUCAAGUUACUAAUGAAGGUUAUACGCCAUUACACAUUGCUACUUCUAAAGGUCAGAAAGAAAUUAUCGAAGUUUUGUUACACCAUGUAAGUCAUGAUAAAUUAUACGACUUUAUCAAUGCUAAAACCACUGUUAGCGGUGCUACAUCACUUCACGUUGCAGUUAAGAAUGGUUUUUUAGAUGUUAGCAAGUCCUUAUUAAAGUGUGGUGCAAUUUAUAACAUUAAAAAUAAUGAAGGUGAAACACCACUUAAUCUUUCUAAGAACCAGAAUAUUAACAAUAUACUGAAACUAAUUGAAGAAUUAUUUGAAGAUGCAAAAAAAGGUAAUGUUAAAAUAAUCAGCAAGUUAAGAAUAGUAAAACCUGAUAUGUUUGUAGCCAUAACAAAUGCCCGUAAUAACAAAGGAAAUACGUUAUUACUAGUUGCUAUAGCUAAUAAACAUGAGAAUAUUGCAAGAAAAUUGUUAAAAUUACUGAAAAAGCCAGACUAAAAUUUACAAGAUGUUAAUAUGGAAAAUGAAAUUAAAAGUUUAAAACUUUAAAUGAUGCUGUUGAAAUGUUUAUAUCUAACCUAAGUUAACAUUACGUCUAAAUUAACUGCAACAUCUGAGUUUCAGCAAGCUAGAGUUGAAUCAAAGAAAAGUAUGUAUAGAGGAAAGAAAGUAUAGAUUUUUUUAUAUAUAGACUACUUCCUGAACAGCAAAAAUUGACGAAUUAACCGUUCCCUAAUGUUGGUCAAACGUUAAGUUGGGCAACGGUUAGUUAACCAAUUUAUGUUGUUCGGGUUAAUAUUUUAAAUCACAGUUGCAGGUUUACUGUUUCAUUUUAUCAAAUAUUUUUAUUAUUAAAGGAAAGGAAAUUUAUGCAAACAACUCAGAUAACUAUAGAAACUCAAAUAUUGCAAAAUAAUACAAUUAUAUCUA